AUGUUUGAAAGCUCAGAGCUGUACUUUAACACAGACCAUGGCUACCUGGAGGGCCUGGUACGAGGAUGCAAAGCCAGCCUCCUGACCCAGCGGGACUACAUCAACCUAGUCCAGUGUGAGACCUUAGAAGAUCUGAAAAUUCAUCUCCAGACCACUGAUUAUGGCAACUUCUUGGCUGAUCAAACGGGUCCUCUUACUGUUUCCAUCAUCGAUACCAAGAUGAGGCAAAAGCUAUGCAGAGAAUUUGAGUAUUUUCGGAACCAUUCCCUGGAACCCCUCAGCACAUUCUUCACCUACAUGACGUGCUGUUAUAUGAUAGACAACGUGAUCCUACUGAUGAAUGGUGCAUUGCAAAAAAAACCUGUGAAGGAUAUUUUGGCAAAAUGCCACCCACUGGGCAGUUUCAUGGAAAUGGAAGCAGUCAAUAUUGCAGAAACAGCUUCAGAUCUCUUUAAUGCUGUUUUGGUUGAAACACCAUUAGCUCCAUUCUUUCAAGACUGUAUGUCUGAAAAUACUCUAGAUGAACUGAAUGUUGAAUUACUACGCAAUAAACUGUACAAGUUUGAGGCCGACAGACGUGCUUUUAUCAUCACGCUUAACUCCUUUGGCACUGAAUUGACCAAGGAUGACCGGGAGUCCCUUUAUCCAACCUGUGGCAAGCUGUAUCCUGAGGGCCUGCGCCUGUUGGCUCAAGCAGAAGACUUUGAACAGAUGAAGAGGGUUGCAGAUCAUUACGGAGUAUACAAGCCUUUAUUUGAUGCUGUUGGUGAUGGCAAUGGAGGAAAGACACUGGAGGAUGUGUUUUAUGAGCAUGAGGUACAAAUGAAUGUGCUGGCAUUCAACAGGCAAUUCCACUAUGGUGUAUUUUAUGCAUACGUAAAGCUGAGGGAACAAGAAAUGAGAAACAUUGUAUGGAUAGCAGAAUGCAUUUCACAGAGACACCGAACUAAAAUCAACAGUUACAUUCCAAUUUUAUAA